CUAGUAAUGGCUGUACACUUUCUAGCCGCUCGUCUGUUUGGAACUUUACUUCUCCUCUUUCCUUGCCUUUAAACGUCUGCCAGCAAGCUGGAAAUUAUGUUCGACGCGGGCGAGGGCGAAGAUGAAUUCCAGUUUUUGCGAAUGGGGGAUGAGGUGGUCCUGCAGAGUACCUUCACUUCCCAGGAGGAACACGUGAAGCUUUGUCUGGCUGCCGAGGGCUUCGGCAACCGGCUGUGCAGGCUUGAGGCCACCUCCAACUGCAAGAAUGUUCCACCAGACUUGUCCGUGUGUGCUUUCGUCCUGGCCCAGUGUCUGUCAUUCCGGGCCCUGCAGGAGAUGCUGGCCCACAGCAAGAAGCUGGUUGCAGAGGGAGCUGGUGGAAGCCACCGCACCCUUCUGUACGGCCAGGCGGUGUUGUUCCAACACUCGUACAGCGGCAUGUUUCUCAGCUGCCUGUCCACAUCCCAGUCCUCAACUGACAAGCUUGCUUUUGAUGUGGGCCUGCAGGAGGAGAAAUCAGGUGAGACCUGUUGGUGGACAGUCCAUCCAGCUUCCAGGCAGAGGUCAGAGGGCGAGAAAGUGCGUGCCGGCGACGACCUCAUACUAGUCAAUGUGUCCUCUGAGAGAUAUUUGCACCUGUCCUUUGCCGUUGCCUCCGACAACAGAUGCUUGAGUGACAGUCUGAUUGUUGAUGCUGCCUUCCGGCAGUCUCUCUGGAGUGUUGCUCCCAUCUGCUCUGCAAGUGGACUCGCUCAAGGAUACCUGAGGGGCGGUGACACGUUGCGGCUGCUACACAGCCACAGCGAUGCAUGUCUGACUAUUCCCUCUGCAGAGCAGGAUGAAGACCUGCAAAGGAUAAUGCAAUAUGAGAUUGGAUCAGUAUCCAAACAUGCCCGCUCUCUCUGGAGGCUGGAGAUCCUGCGCGUUGUGUGGAGUGGAAGACAUACAAGCUGGGGGCAGGCCUUCCGACUCUGCCAUGUGACCACUGGACGUUACCUGGGCCUCACAGAUGAGAGAGGCCUCCGUCUGCUUGAUCGAGACAAGGCCGACAUCACCGCGACCUCCUUCUGCUUUCGGUCUGCCAAGGACAAACUGGACACUGGAACAAAGACACAUGUGGAUGGGAUGGGAUCCCCAGAGAUCAAAUAUGGAGACUCCGUUUGCUACCUUCAGCAUGUCAACUCCGGCCUGUGGCUUACCUACCACACAACUGACAGCAAAUCAGCAUGCAUGGGAGGAGCUCAGCGGAAGGCUAUCUUGCAUGGUGAGGGUCAUAUGGAUGACGGGCUGACGCUGUCUCGGUCUCAGAGGGAAGAAUCUCACACUGCCAGCCUCAUCCGGAGCGCCACUCUUCUUUUCAAUACCUUUGUCAGGAAACUUGAUUUUUUGAGUGGACAAGCAAACCUUCCUCCCACCCUUUUUCCAAUGGAGAUUGUCACAUGCAGCCUGCAGGAUCUAAUAACCUUCUUCCAGCCGCCACCAGAGGGCCAGAACCACGAAACCCAACAGAACAGCAGGGCGACCUUGAAGCAUCGUCAGAAUAUGUUUCAAGAAGAGGGAGUAAUAGAGUUGGUGUUGGAGUGUAUCGAACGCCUGCACCUGUGCAGUCGUUCUUUGCAUCUUGCUGAGGCUUCACCAAAUGAUACUGGGGAAAAGUGGGAGAGCAUCCUCAGCCUUUUUUAUGAUCUUCUGGCAUGUCUGAUUCGGAAAAACCGUGCAAACUGUGCACAUUUCUCCGCUUCCCUCAACUGGCUUAUUAGUAGACUAGACGGGCUGGAAGCAUCCUCUGGAGUGUUGGAGGUUUUGCACUGCGUCUUGGUGGAAAGCCCUGAAGCACUUAAUGCCAUCAAAGAGGGGCACAUCCGGUCUAUCAUCUCUUUUCUUGACAAGCAUGGAUGCAACCACAAGGUGCUGGAGGUGCUGUGCUCCCUGUGUGUGUGCCACGGUGUUGCGGUGCGCUCCAAUCAGAACCUCAUCUGUGACAACCUGCUGCCAGACAGAGACUUGCUGAUGCAAACACGGCUGGUUAAUCAGGUCACCAGCGUGAGGCCCAACAUCUUUCUGGCCCUGGGGGAUGAUUCAGCCCAACCUCGGAGGUGGUACUACGAGCUGGUCGUGGAUCAAGUCGAGCCCUUCCUCACGUCGGAGCCCACACACCUUCGUGUGGGCUGGGCUUCCGCACAGGGCUACCGCCCCAGGCCCACCGGAGGAGACGGGUGGGGGGCCAACGGGGUGGGAGAUGACCUUUGCUCCUUUGGCUUUGAUGGGCUUCACCUGUGGUCAGGCUGCGUAGCCCGAAGAGUGCGCUCUCCCUUCCCUCACCUGCUGUCGGAUGACGAUGUCGUCAGCUGCUGCCUCGACCUCACCGCCCCCUGCAUCUCUUUUCGGGUUAAUGGCCUCCCUGUCCAGGGCAUGCUGGAGAACUUCUGUGUUGAUGGUCUCCUUCAUCCUGUGGUCAGCUUCUCACCAGGAGUCAAGGUUCGGUUUUUGUUUGGAGGGAAACACGGAGAGUUCAAAUUCCUCCCGCCCCAUGGCUUCUCUCCGUGUUCCGAGGCUCUACUUCCGAAAGUCAACCUGAAGGUAGAACUCUGUCAUCAGUACAUUUUGGCUGAUGACGUCGGCAAGCGAGAGCUCAUUGGCCCCAUUGAGCCCAUCAGUCCAGUUACCUUCACUCCUUCUCCAGUAGAUGUUAGCAAGGUGGAACUGCCACUGCAAUUUGAGGAUAUCCGGGAUAAAAUAGCGGAGAAUAUCCAUGAACUGUGGGUAGUGGAAAAGGUCGAUCUUGGAUGGACACAUGGAAAUGAGCGAGACGAAGGGAAGAAGCUCAGUCCGUGUCUUGUGGAGUUUUGCAAGCUGCCAGAGCAGGAGAGAAACCAAGGCCUUCACACGGCCCAGAACAUCCUCAGGACUCUGCUUGCUGUUGGUUUCCACAUUGGUUUAAAUGGCGAACGCCCAGAGGGGAGCGUCCGCUUUAUGAGACUCUCCAGCAAGUAUGAACAACGCAGUGGAUACAGACCAGCACCUGUAGAUUCAAGCCAGGUUUUCAUAAGUCCCAGCCAUGAGGACGCGGUUAACCUUCUGGCAGAGAACGACCAUAAUGUCUGGGCCAGCGAGCGUAUCAAGCAAGGAUGGACCUACGGAGCGCAACAGGAAGCGAAAACAAAGCGGAGCCCAAACCUGGUGCCCUACAGCCUUCUUGAUGAAAAGAGUAGGAGAAUGGGUCGGAAGGGUGCUCGGGAGGCAGUUUGCACCCUACUUGCCUACGGUUACAGCCUAGAGACCCUCAACCAGCAAAAUAUCAUUCUAUCAAACGGAUGCUUCUUCUGUGAUGAGAAGUGCAGAGUGUUCAGAGCUGAUAAAUCCUACGCUGUAACUCAGGGGAAGUGGUACUUUGAAUGUGAGCUUGUCACAGCGGGGAAGAUGAGAGUCGGCUGGGCACGGCCGCGCUGCGCACCAGAUAAGGAGCUGGGCUCGGAUGACCAGGCGUUUGUGUUUGAUGGGUUUGAGGCUCUGUGGUGCCAUCAAGGCGGCGAGCCCCUGGGACGUGCCUGGCGCAGCGGGGACGUGGUGGGCUGCCUGCUGGACAUGGCUGAACGCACCAUGAUGGUCACGCUCAAUGGAGAGCUACUGUUUAAUAACCGAGGAUCUGAGCUGGCCGCCAGGGACUUUGACAUCAGAGAUGGCCUGCUGCCGAUCAUCAGUGUGGGUGUGAACCAGGUGGGGAGGCUAAACUUUGGCCGCCAAGAGGGCUCUCUGCAGUACUUUACAGCGUGCGGGCUACAGGAGGGUUAUGAGCCUUUUGCGGUCUAUAUGGCUCGAGAUCCCUCCCUGUGGAUGAGUUGGAAACAGCCUCAGUUUACGUCCAUCCUGCCAGAUGAUCCCAACUUGCAGGUCAAUAGAGUCAGCGGCUCUACGGAUUCCUUAUCCAGCUUGAGGGUUUCACAGCGGUUGUUGGCACACCACAGCGGAGGCGGCGAAAUGGGCUUUUACCGUCUCAGCAUGUCCAUCGAGUGUGCCGCCGUCCUCACCAGCCCCGUCGUGGGGGGCCUGGCGCCAGUGGCGUCCAGCUCUUUCUCUCCAGGACGGAAAGAGCAGGAGGAGGUGGACUCUGACUUUGAAGUGCUGAUGAAGUCGGCCCACAGUUUUGCUACUUCAAGAGAUGAGCUGGACUGUAAGGAUCACAGCCAAGACAAAACGUCAAGACUGAAGCAACGGUUCAUGAUCAGGAGAACCAAACCAGGCCUGGUCAGCAACAACUCCUCUGCUCGGCUUCUGGAAGACGUCCUCGUUGACAAAGAUAACUCUGAUCACCUUAUUCAAGCCUCAAGAUAUUACUACUCAGUGAGAGUUCUUCCAGGCCAAGAGCCUUUCAAUGUGUGGGUGGGCUGGGUCACCGCAGAUUUUCAUCAGCAUGACAUGAACUUUGACGCUGACAACAGCUUCACAGUGACCGUCACCCUCGGAGACGACGGCGGCAAAGUCCAGGAGAGCGUGAAGAGGAGUAACUGUUACAUGGUUUGUGCCGGAGAGGCAACAGGUUUGUCUCGCAGUCGUAGGAGUGCCGGACUAGAAAUUGGUUGUUUGAUCGACACAGCCACUGGGAUGCUGAACUUUACCUCUAGCGGAGUGGAGAUGGCCACUUUCUACCAGGUGGAGGCCGGUACAAAGCUGUUUCCCGCUGUCUUCAUCAAGCCAACCACCAGCAACAUGUUCCAGUUUGAACUGGGACGCAUCAAGAAUACGAUGCCGCUGUCAGCCGGUUUACUUCGCAGCCUACGAACGACAUCCAUGCCUCAGUGCCCGCCCAGGUUUCAGGUCCAGCAUCUGAGCCGGGCGUUGUGGACCCGAAUGCCAGACAGAACAUUAAACGUGAUGAUCGAUCGUCCAGAUGACAGCCACGGCUGGAGAGUGCAAUGCCUUGAGCCUCUUCAAGUCAUGACACUUCAAAUCCCUGAAGAAAACAGGUGUGUGGACAUUUUGGAGCUGUCCGAACUUGAGGACCUGUUGACUUUCCAGUACCAUACCCUCCUGCUUUACUGUGCCGUGUGUGCGCUUGGCAACACAAGAGUUUGCCAUGCCAUCUGUAGCCAUGUGGACCAGUCCCAAGUCCUUCACGCCAUCCAGAAUCCCCAUCUGCAUGGCCUGCUCCGUUCUGCGUUUUACCAGCUUCUUGUCCAGGUUCACCUCAGCAGCUACACCACUGCAUGCCUCAUGAUGAACCAUGAAUACAUUGUGCCCAUGACAGACCAAACCAGAGACAUCACCCUUUAUUCAAGUCUUGACGAGAGGAAACUUCCUUUGGGCAUCCCAAGCAUUAGGGGAAGCACGUCUCUUAAACCACGCAUGCAGUUCUCCAGGCCUUGUUUUGUCAGGAGUGAUGGGUUGGAAUGGGAAAUAGCCUGUAGUGACAGUCCAGAACCUCCUCUUGAUAUAUUGAAGAGCCUCACAGUGGAGAUGCUGACUGCAGCCGUGUGGGAUGUGCAUUGGGGUGUUAGAGACCCUACAGGGGGCAGUAUAGAGCUUCUGCUGGUUCCUCUCAUCAAAUUGUUCAGCACCCUUCUGAUAAUGGGGGUGCUGACUGAUGAGGACCUGGCCAAGGUCAUCAAACUGAUGGAACCCGGAGUCUUCUUUGUGGAGGAAGAAGAUGGAAAAGAUGAUCCAAAACAGGGACUGCUGCAAAUGAAACUUCCAGAAACGGUCAAACUUGAGCUCUGCAACGUGCUGACCUACCUGUGUGAUAUCCAGGUGCGCCACAGGGUAGAAGCUGUGGUUGGCUUCUCGGAAAAUUUUGUGACUCAGCUGCAGGAGAACCAGCGCUUCCGCUACAAACAAGUCAUGCAGGCGCUCAACAUGUCGGCUGCCCUCACUGCACGCAAGACGAAGGAGUUCCGCUCGCCUCCACAAGAGCAGAUCAACAUGCUUCUGAGUUUCAGAGACGGUGACCAGCCAGAGAACUGCCCAUGCCCGGCGGAAACCCGACAGCUCCUGCAAGACUUCCACCAUCUUCUGAACACGCACUGCGGGAUUGAAUUGGACGGCGCCUCGGAUGAGGGCGAGUCAGCUGAGUUGUCAGUGAAAGAUCAACUCUUCAGCCUUGCGGCAAGAGUUCUCGGACAGAAGAGGGCGGCUGUAGAAGUGGAGGCUAAUAGACCACAGAGCCCCAAGUUCCUCCAGAUGUUAAUAUCAGAAACAAUGCUGCACUGGGCCCAAGAGACUGAGAUGGAGGACCCCGGCUUGAUCAGGGCUGUCUUCUCACUGCUGCACCGCCAGUAUCAGGGCCUGGGUGGGCAAAUGGCGGCCCCUCUUUCCAAAGCUUACACGAUCAGCCAAGCUUCGGUGGAAGACACCAUGACCUUGCUGUCCUCACUGGGUCAAAUCCGCUCGUUACUCAGUGUUCGAAUGGGGAAAGAAGAGGAAAAGUUGAUGAUCAGGCGACUCGGAGACAUAAUGAACAAUAAGGUUUUCUAUCAACAUCCCAACUUGAUGAGGGCACUGGGGAUGCAUGAGACAGUGAUGCAAGUGAUGGUCAAUGUUCUUGGAGAGAAAGAAUCAAAGGAGAUUUCCUUUCCCAAGAUGGUGGCCAGCUGUUGCCGAUUCCUUUGUUAUUUCUGCCGCAUAAGCCGACACAACCAGGGCGCCCUGUUUGACCACCUCAGCUACCUCUUGGAAAACAGCAGUGUUGGACUGGCUUCACCAUCCAUGCGUGGGGCCACUCCUCUGGACGUGGCAGCAGCCUCUGUCAUGGACAAUCACGAGCUGGCCUUAGCUUUAAGGGAACCUGACCUAGAGAAGGUGGUGCACUACCUUGCCGGCUGUGGUCUUAAAAGCUGCCCUCUGCUUGUGGCCAAAGGCUACCCUGAUAUCGGAUGGAACCCUGUGGAGGGCGAACGUUACCUGGAUUUUCUACGCUUUGCUGUCUUCUGCAAUGGCGAAAGUGUGGAAGAGAACGCUUACUUGGUGUUGAGGUUGCUGAUUCGUCGACCCGAAUGUUUUGGCCCUGCCCUGCGAGGUGACGGAGGGAACGGUCUCCUAGCAGCGAUGGAGGAAGCCAUCCGAAUAUCAGAAGACCUGUCGAAGGAUGGACCUUGCACUGCCUACCAGUCAAAUGCAACACUAGAUGCUGUGCAGGACAGUGAGGAUGACCUCAUUCAUAUGGGCCACGCCAUCAUGACCUUCUACUCGGCCCUCAUUGACUUGCUGGGGCGCUGUGCUCCAGAAAUGCAACUGAUUCAAGGAGGCAAAGGAGAGGCCAUCCGCAUGCGAGCCAUUCUGAGGUCGCUCAUACCCAUCCAGGAUCUUGAGGGUGUCAUUAGCGUCUCUUUUCAAGUCCCGUCUGUGUCAAAAGAUGGUUCUGUGGUUGAGCCUGACUUAUCGACAGUGUUCUGCCCGGACCACAAGGCGGCUAUGGUUCUGUUUCUGGACCGCGUGUAUGGCAUAGAGAAGCGGACCUUCCUCAUCCACCUCCUCCAAGUUGGCUUUCUGUCUGACCUUCAGACUGCAGUCGCUCUCGACACGGUUGACUUUGGAUCCACCGACAUGGCCUUGGCCCUCAACAGAUACCUGUGUUCGGCUGUGCUUCCGCUGCUCGCCAAGUGUUCCACUCUCCUCUGCGGUCUGGAGGACCACACUGUCUUGAUGGAUUCUCUGAUCCAGGCUAUCUACAGCCUCUCCAGGACUGCGAGCCUGACUAAGGCCCAGAGGGACACAACUGAGCAUUGCUUGUUGGCUGUGUGCAAUGAACUCCAACCAGCUAUGAUGCAACCUCUCCUUCGACGUCUCGUCUUCGAUCUCCCCACUCUCACAGACCACAGCAAGAUACCACUGAAGAUUUUGACCAGCCAUUAUGAGCAGAGGUGGAAGUACUACCAGUACUCCCUAUCUGGAGGGCAGGGGGACCAGAGCCUUGCCUCGGAGGAAGAGCUGCACUUGUCUCAGAAACUCUUCUGGGGCGUGUUUAAGGCACUGGCAAAGAAGCCACAUGAGCCUGAACUAUCUAAACUGUGUGUCCAAUGCCUCGCUGCGGUAGCCAAGGCCCUUCCUCCCGACCACUUGGACCCAAACUGUGUAUCACAAACAGACAAAAACACUUCCUUGGACGCAGACGGAAACUUUGACCCACAGCCUGUUGAGACGUCCAACGUGUCCGUGCCAGAGAGACUUGAGGUUGCCGUCAACAAAUACGCAGAGCACACUCAUGAGAAGUGGUCGCUAGACAAGUUUGCCAAUGGCUGGGUUCACGGAGAGCAGCUAUGUGAGAACACCAAGGUUCACCCUCUCCUCAAGCCAUACAGGGCUCUGGCUGAAAAGGACAAGGAAGCAUACCGCUGGGCCAUUAAGGAGACCAUAAAAAGCAUGCUGGCCUUUGGGUGGACCAUCGAGCGCACCAAAGAAGGAGAUGUGUUCGGCUUCCACACCUGCCCGCGAAGAAUCCCACAGUCUGGACAGUUGUCUUUCGAAGGAGCCUCAACCUUCAGCCCCAAACCCUUGGACACGAGUAGCAUUAACUUAACUUGGGAUCAGUGUGCUAUGGCUGAAAAGUUGGCUGAAAACUACCACAAUUCCUGGGCUAAGAAGAAGAAACUGGAACUGGAGAGUACAGGGGGGAGUGGGCAGGCGAUCCUUGUGCCCUACGACACGCUGACUGCAAAGGAAAAGGCGAAAUUCCGACAAAGAGCCCAGGACGUGCUCAAGUUCCUUCAGCUCAAUGGAUACACAGUGUGGAGGGAUCGCAAGAAAGUGGAUGUAGAUUUUCCAGCCACCGCCAACUGUUUUGGCUACGCUCUCCUCCAACGCCUGCUCUUUUACACCGAGGACGCCCAGGAGCACAUGCAGGAGCUGGAGGUGAUGCAAGCCAGAGGACAGACUUCUAAAGGAGAGAGAGCAUCACACCAGCAACCUGUUCAGUUUUUCCUCAAGGUCAUUCUUCCUCUUUUGGGAGAAUAUGUGAAAAGCCAGCGGCUGUAUUUCCUGACUGCAUCGCUCUACUCGUACACCAACGGAAGCCACGCUUCCAAAAAGGAGAAAGAAAUGAUUGCAAGCCUCUUCUGUAAACUUACGGCUUUAGUAAGACACAGACUCUUUCUCUUUGGAAAUGAAACCUCAGUCGUCACAAGCUGCCUCCAUGUUUUGGCCCGAGCGUUGGAUGCCAGGACAUUAACAGUGUCCGCUCCAGAGUCCAUCCAGGCGUCUCUGCAUUCUUUUUUUGAGGCAGCUGCCACCGAUCUGGAGACGACGGUGGAAAACCUCUCUGUGACCUUGGUCUCGCUGCCUCAGUGUCGGAGCCAACAGGCGAGGGGGGUAGCCAGGGUUCUCGGCUUCACAACCUCCGUCCUGCUCCCCACUCUCACUUCGCUCUUUCAGCAUCUUGGCAGUCAAAACUACGGGCUUGACCUCCUGGUGGGAAGCGUGCAGGUGUCCUGUUACAGGAUCCUCAACAGCCUCUACUCGCUUGGCACCAGCAGCAGCAUCUACGUGGAGGGGCAGAGGCCAGCAGCAGGUGCUUGUCUUGCAGCACUAACCGGGUCUUUUCCUGUAUGUUUCCUGGAGCCGUUCAUCAAUCAAAACAACCCUCACUCCAUCUACAAUACCAUGACUGCUCCUGAAAGAGAUGAGUUGGGACUGCCAGUUCAUGUGGAGGAAAUGUGCCCCCUUGUCCCCUCUCUGGAGCAAGCAAUGAAAGAAGUGGAAACUCUGGCGGAAGCCGGUGCCGCCGCCCAGCAGGCCCACUACACCCACGUCACAGAUGUCACCUUGCCAAUGUUGUGUGCUUACAUGUCCCGUUGGUGGCGCUGGGGGCCCAGGGCCGAACCACACAAGCAAGUGUGCACCUCUGUCACUCCUCAGCAUGCCAGUGACCUACUCGGGCACAUCCUGCGAAUUGUCCACAACCACGUGGGUGCGAGCCAGGGUGACUGGAUGAAACAGCUAGCAGUUUUUUCCCAGCCUAUCAUCUGCCAAGGUCGACCUGAGCUGCUGAAAAGCCACUUCCUUCCUCUGAUGGAUAAGCUGAGGAAGAGGGCAGAACACGUUUUGAUGGAGGAAGAGCGAAUGAAAGCAGAAGGUUGUUGUGCGUCUGAAGCAGAAUUACAGAUACAGGAGAAGUUUACAGUGCUGGUGCGAGACCUCUACGCCUUCUAUCCCCUCCUUAUCCCCUUUGUGGACUCGAAUCGGAGCAGCUGGCAGCAGGAGACAAACCCUGAUGCUGAGCAACUGUUCAGCAUGGUGGCAGACGUCUUUGUCUUCUGGGCCAAAUCUCAUAAUUUCAAAUGGGAGGAACAGAACUACGUGGUCCAAAAUGAAAUCAACAAUUUGGCAUUUUUGGUCAAUAACAACAUGUCAAAGCUUGACUAUGAGAAGAGGGCGAUGAAGAAGAAGGGCGAUCGUUAUUCUGUACACACCUCCCUCAUUCUGGCUUCCGUGAAGAGGCUGCUCCCCGUGGGACUCAGGGUUUGUUUUCUCGGCGACCAAAGCGUCAUCCUCUUGGCUAAAAGCGGGUUUGCUCAGAAGAACACUGAAGAUGAGAUUCGAGACCGUGUGUGUAAAUACCUUUUACAUUCUCACGGUCAGUCAUCGACAACAAGCUUGCAACGAGAGAUCUUGAAGCCAGAUGACAAGAGUCAAAUGUGCUCCACCGACAUCAUCCUGGGUAUUGCACAAGUGCUCUGUUACCUGGAUCAGGUGGAACAUCCCCACAAACAUAAAAAGGCUCCAUGGCACAAAGUCUUGUCCAAGCAGAGAAAACAAGCAGUGGUUGCAUGCCUAAGGAUGGCCCCCUUAUACAACCUCCCCAGACAUAGAGCCAUCAACCUGUUCCUCCAAGGCUACAAUAAAUCCUGGAUAUCAGCUGAGGACAGCACUUUGGAGGAGAAACUGGUGGAGGAUUUAGCUCAGAAGCCUGGAGUGAUGGAGCUGGGUGGAGGCAGCAGAGAAGAGGAAAGGGAUGCAGGAGAAGGCGCCAAGCUCAUCGAUCCCCUCCUACAGCUCAUCGCGCUCUUCAGUCGAAGUGCUUUGACAGAAAGGAGUGAUCUUGGAAUUGACUGGCUCUACAUGUCAUACGUGGAGAUAAUGGCCAAGAGCUGCCACAGGGAAGACGACGAGCAGCAGGAGGUGGAAAGUUUUGAAGAGAAGGAGAUGGACAAACAGAAGCUGCUCUACCAGCAGGCCAGGUUGCAUCUUCGUGGAGCUUCAGAGAUGGUCCUGCAAAGCAUUAGUGCCUGCAAAGGGACAAUGGGCUCCAUGAUUGCGCCAACACUCAAGCUGGGGAUUGCUGUUCUCAACGGAGGGAAUGCUGCUGUUCAGCAGAAAAUGCUGGAUUAUCUCAGACAACGACGUGAGGUUGGCUUCUUUCAGAGCAUGGCUGGACUCAUGCAGUCAUGUAGUGUGCUGGAUUUGAACGCUUUUGAGAGGCAGAACAAAGCUGAAGGAUUAAGCAUGGCGACAGACGAGAGCUCAGGAGAGAAGGUGAUGCCCGAUGAACAGCUAACCUGUGACCUAUUCCGCUUUCUACAGCUGCUCUGUGAAGGACACAACGCGGAUUUCCAGAAUUACUUGCGAACACAGACGGGCAACAACACAACUGUCAACAUGAUCAUUUCCACUGUUGAUUAUCUGCUAAGAAUCCAGGAGUCCAUCAGUGACUUCUACUGGUACUACUCGGGCAAGGACGCGAUCGAUGCACAGGGCCAACGCAACUUUUCCAAGGCUAUCAAAGUGACCAAGCAGGUCUUCAACACGCUCACCGAGUACAUUCAGGGCCCGUGUACUGGAAACCAGCAGAGCCUCGCUCACAGUCGCCUGUGGGAUGCCGUGGUAGGAUUCCUUCACGUCUUUGCACAUAUGCAGAUGAAGCUCUCGCAGGAUUCAAAGCAAAUUGUGCUCCUAAAAGAGCUCAUGGAUUUACAAAAGGACAUGGUUGUGUUCUUGCUUUCCAUGCUAGAAGGCAACGUCGUCAAUGGAACCAUCGGGAAACAGAUGGUGGACAUGCUGGUGGAAUCUUCAAGCAAUGUGGAAAUGAUCCUGAAGUUUUUUGACACAUUCCUCAAGCUAAAAGACCUGACGUCCUCUGACAUCUUUCGAGAGUACGACCCCGAUCGCAAGGGGUGCAUCGCCAGGAAGGACUUCCAGAAAGCCAUGGAGCUCUCCAAGCGACUCUCACAAGCUGAGACUCAUUUCCUCCUGUCCUGCAUUGAGACCGAUGAUAGGGAAAUCCUGGAUUACGAGGUUUUUGUGGAUCGCUUCCAUGAGCCGGCCAAAGACAUCGGCUUCAGCGUCGCCGUUCUGCUCACCAAUUUGGCCGAACACAUGCCCAACGAUUUAAGGCUGAGGGCGUUCUUGGAGCUUGCCGAGUGCGUCUUGACUUACUUCCAGCCCCAUUUAGGCUGCAUUGAAAUUCUUGGCAGCGGGAAGCGCAUGGAGCGUGUCUACUUUGAGAUCAGUGAAUCCAGCCGCACGCAGUGGGAGAAGCCGCAGGUGAAGGAGUCCAAGAGGCAGUUCAUUUUUGAUGUGGUCAACAAAGGCGGGGAAAAGGAGAAAAUGGAGAUGUUUGUCAACUUCUGUGAGGACACUAUCUUUGAGAUGCAGCUUGCAGCACAGAUCUCUGGCUCUGACAGCGGAGAGCGGCAUAUUGGAGAAGAGGAAGAAGUGUAUGGGUGGUGUUUUUUGCCGACAUCUCUGCUUUUUGUCAAAAAGCUGAGGGCCUUCAUGAAAAUGACCCUGAAAGAUGUGCUGUUAUCAUCUGCUUCCCUACUCAGAUUCAUUUUAACGCCUGCUCUCCGGUGCAUUUGUGUUGUAGUUAGCAACAUCCUUCAUGUGCUGUACAUCACCUUUGUUAAUGGCGGGCUCAUCGAGGGAGCCAAAAGCAUGACCAUAGCUGACCUGCUCGGUGGCAUUCUUGAACCGACACUUGAUGAGGUCACAGAGGCAACAAGCGUCAUGACGCAACUGAGGAGGCACUCUGCCUCUUUCACCCUGCGGAGACACAGUGGGCAGGCGGCAGCUGUGACCUCCGCCAGGGAGACGGAUGUACUGUCAGACAUAUUUGGCCUCAAAGUGAGGAAAGAUGGAGGUCAAUACAGGCUCGCAACGCAAGACAUCACCAGCAGUCACACUGACCUGUUUGUCGCCGCUGACACAACGUUCUCUAAGGGGACGUUUGACCAAACUAAGGCCUGCAUGUCUGAGGAGGAAAAAACUGACCACAAGAUGCCUGAAUCAGAAAAAUGGACGGCAUGUGAGGACACAAUGGCGACAGAGCCCGAAUGGAGGUCCAAGAGAUACUGUAAUAAAUCAGAGGAAACAGGAAGCCACCAUUCGGCCCUUGGCGAGACGAUAAGCACGCAUCACAAGAGCCUGCUGAACUACUUUGCCAGAACUUUUUACAACACACGCUUGCUGGCCCUCUUUGUCACAUUCGCAAUCAACUUCAUCCUGCUCUUCUACAAGGUGGUAUCUUUGCCAGCAGCACCGGAAAAACAAGUCGAGGAAUCACUCGACUUGGCGGCUGAACACGACGAGGGCCGGGUUUAUUUUGUUCUGGAAGAAAGCAAUGGAUACAUGGAGCUGUCUCUUCGCCUCCUGGCUGUGCUGCACACGCUCAUCUCCUUCUGUUGCAUUAUAGGCUACUACUGCCUCAAGGUGCCGCUGGUGGUCUUCAAACGGGAGAAGGAAGUGGCCCGGAGGCUUGAGUUUGAUGGCUUGUAUGUGACGCAGCAGGCGCCCGAGGAGGACAUUAAAGGCCAAUGGGAUCGACUGGUCAUUAACACUGCAUCAUUUCCAAGUAAUUACUGGGAUAAAUUUGUGAAGAGAAAGGUUAUGGAUAAGUAUGGGGAGUUUUACGGCCGUGAGAAGAUCAGUGAGCUUCUUGGCCUGGACCAGGCGUCAUUGGGCUUCAGCUCCGAGGGAGUGGAGAGAAACAGGCUCAGAAAAGACACCGCUUGGAUCGCUCUAUUCAGCUCCGUCGAUGUCAAGUACCAAGUCUGGAAACUUGGAGUCGUUCUCACCGACAAUUCUUUCCUCUAUUUGGCCUGUUACAUGGUCAUGUCAGUUCUGGGCCACUACAACAACUUCUUCUUCGCUGCCCACCUCUUGGACAUUGCCAUGGGCUUCAAGACUCUUCGCACCAUCCUCUCCUCUGUGACACACAAUGGCAAACAGUUGGUCCUGACUCUGGGCCUUCUGGCAGUCGUGGUCUAUCUGUACACCGUGGUGGCCUUCAACUUCUUCCGCAAGUUUUACGACAAGAGCGACGACAAGGACGCACGAGACAUGAAGUGCAAUGACAUGCUCUCUUGCUACAUGUUCCACAUGUAUGCGGGCGUACGCGCAGGCGGAGGCAUUGGCGACGAGCUUGAGGACCCCGCCGGUGAUGAGUUUGAGGUGGAACGUAUCGUCUUUGACAUCACGUUUUUCUUCUUUGUGGUCGUCAUCCUGCUGGCCAUCAUCCAAGGCUUGAUAAUUGAUGCCUUUGGGGAGCUUCGUGACCAGCAGGAGCAGGUGAAAGAGGAUAUGGAGACAAAGUGUUUUAUAUGUGGAUUAGGGAGCGAGUACUUUGAUAAAGUUCCUCAUGGCUUUGAGACUCACACUCUACAGGAGCACAACUUGGCCAACUAUUUCAUCCAGCCGAGAGCAACCGUCUCCCGCCCACUUUCCCUUCAAGCCGAAGCUAGCAUGGCUGCCGUGUGGUACUUACCUGUCGUGAGAGUGAUGGGAGCCGCUGACGGGAGGCAGAUGGUCCGGUGGAGAAGCGGGCCUGGCGGUGCCGUGGCUUCUCGGCGGGCUUCAGCAGCUGCUCUGAUUUAAUGAAGAGAAAUUUGACAUCUCACAAAGCCUGUCAAGUGGCUCCAUGGAAACGACUGAAGAUAAAAUACACGGGAAUCGAACACAACCUAAUCGCUUGUCGACUUCCCACAGGAAACAAUGGAAAUAACAACUAGUCUGUUCCAGGGUCAAACUGUACCCAUCAGAUAACUUUUAUUAAUAGUACAGGCAAAAAAGUACAAUAUUGACAUUCAAGUGUUUUACCAGGAAAUGAAAGAAGAGUAAGAAUGAAAUGAUGGCAGAAUGAGCAAAGGAAGAGAGACAGACCAUCUCAACGUGCAAAGUGCAGCUUUUUCCUCCUGAGAAAUUGGAGUGUUCUAAAACUUUUGACGGUAGUGUAGAUAUGCUAAGAAGUUAUAUACAUUUCAAGAAAAAAAUGCAUCGCAGCUCUGUGAUAUAUGGUGAAAAAGAGCAGUAUUAGUAUCUAUUUUUUGCCCCCAUUUUUGCUGGGUUUUUAUUUUUCACAUUUUCCAAAGAUGUCAACUUUCUUAAAUAAUCUUAGUACAUUUUCCUUCCAUAAUAUUGAGAUCUCCCCCCCCCCAUGAUAUAACUUUUUUUUAUAAUGACUUUAUUCUUGUAAAAUUGCGACUUUUGUUCUUGUUAGAAUUUGACUUUAUUUGUGUAAAAUUGCAGCUGUUUUUUCUAUUAUAUAUAUUCAUAUAUAUAUAUAUAUAUUUUUUUUUUUUAAUUUUCCAACUAUUUCAACUUUCUUCUUGUAAAUUGUCUUCUUGUAAUUGUGACUUUACUUCCAUCGUAUUUAGACUUUAUUCUUGUCAUUUUUUUUACCCCAACCUAAUUUUCCAAAAAUUGCAACUUUCUAAGUUAUUUUGCUUCUCAUAUUUUUGAAACUCAACCCGGGACCCACCUGGUGGUCAUUCAGUCGCGACCCACUUUUGUGUAAGUCAUUUGAAGUUUUUAUGUAUUUUUAUUUUGUUUUCAGACUUUUUUUUGUCAUUUUUAUUUUAUUCUUUUUGUCACACUUUUAUUUUGUCAUUUUUAUUUAUUUUUUAUUUUAAUUUUUUACACUUUUAUUUAAGUCCUUGUCAUUGUGAUAUGUAUUUAUUCCUUCUGUAUUUUAUUGAUAGUUUUUUUAAACUUUUAUUUAAGUCAACCCAACCAAAUGUUUUCAA